GGCUGGCUAGACAUGCCACGCUCACGCCACCGCUUCUUUUGGCCAUGGUCUACUACAUUGACCGACUCUGCGCUCUUUACCCGGAAUUCACCAUCAACACCCUCACCGUUCACCGCUUCCUAAUAACUGCAGCCACCGUUGCUGCAAAGGGCCUUUCUGACUCUUUUUGGAACAAUACCACCUACGCGCGAGUGGGCGGUGUGCGUGUGGCUGAACUGCGAUUGCUCGAGCUCGAGUUCCUCUACCGGGUGGAUUGGAGAAUCGUGCCGAAUCCAGAAAUCUUAGUGGCUUACUAUCAGGGACUCGUCCAGAGGGCUCCGGGAUAUGAACUGGAGUCUGAUGGGUUGAGCGAUGAUGACGACGACGACGAACUUGACGACGAUGACAACGAAGAAGAUGCUGCGCAGCAGUAAGAGCGCCAAAGGGGAUUGACGAACAUACAUUCUGAAACCUCCCUCUAGUCGGGAUGGGCCAACGUCGAGAAGCGGCUUAUAUCAAUGAUACCCCACCUUUUUCACCAUUGCACCUUAAUUUUUUUUGUGUUCACUUACUUUAUUCUCUUUCUCUUUUUCUCUCGCCAGCCGCAUCUCAUUGGCCUUUUUUGCUGCUUCACGACAUGCAUCUCUGGUCACACAACUCAUAUCUCCUUGCAUAAACUUGUGGAGUCAAAGUUACUAGGAAGGAAAAGGGCUUUUUUUUGCACUCUGUUUUUGUUUUCCACUUUGUUAACAUACAUAUACACGCGUAACUCGGAUUCGUUAUUCAGAGCAUGGUUGGUGGGAGGGGGGGACCACGGCGGAGGAAGGGCAUUGGCGUUUUAUGGGUGUUGUAAAUGGAGCAUUUUUUGUUACUCUUGCAUGUUGGAUAUGGGACGAGAUUUUGGUAGAAUUCGAGGUGGAGAUAAUGCAUGCGUAUGUAUAUAUGAAUUGAAUAUUAAUUUCA